GUGCCGUGAAACAGCGAGAAGGUUGGUUUUGAUAACAAGAUCUACGACAACUUCUUGAACCUCGUGUGGACGGCGGAGCCCAAGGGUGACGGGGGCGGCGAAAGAUGGCCGCGUUCCGGAGGAUACUUCAUGUCGAGCGAGGGCGGCGGGCAAAGCCGCGAAAUGCACGAGCGAGGGCGGGUGCGAGCGCAGGGGAGACGGCGGUCGGCGGGAGUGUUCGAAGGGAGAGGGAAGGUCGAACGAGGGCGAAGUGGGCACGGCGGGUAGAACCGCGCAACGCACGAGUGAGGGCGGGUGCGAGGGCGUGCAAGACAGCAAGUGACGGGCACGUUCGGACGGGAGAGGUGCGUCGAAGUUCUUCUGACUCCCUCCUCUCUACCAAUUUCCCCGCUCGUCCCUUCGCGGUGGGCCGGUGCCGGUUGACUGGCCGAAGCCUCCUGCAAGGCGGUCUUGCAGGCGCAAGACGCGCAGUUCGUGAGCGUGGCGCGCGGGUCCUCGUCUGCGUCUGCUCUUGCGCGCGUCGAGCCGGCCGGUGCGUCGGGCUUGCGAGUGCGCUGGACUUCGGCCGUCCGCGUCGGGUGAGUGACCUCCUGUCGGGGCCUUACCGUAUGCGCUGACGUGUCGGGCUUGUCAUCACUCAGAGGGCGCGGCGGCGUAGUCUCCCGUAGGUAGCCCACUAGGACGACUUCUCGGGGGCGGAGGGUGGUCGUCGCGGCGGCAAGGGACAGAGUUUGGACAGAGUCCAGACAGCAACGCAGGCUUGACAGGGCUUGACGUGGCAACGGGAGGUUUAGGGCAGGCUU